AUGUCAUAUACGUCUCCCCGAAAACGCCAGAAGCGCAGCGAGUACCGCAGAACCCAACAGCAGCAAAUUGAGAGCGGAGCAGUCCCUCUUCCCCAGAAAAGGUUAUACCGACAGCGAGCUCAUGCGAACCCGUUUUCUGACCAUCGGUUGUCAUAUCCGAUCAGUCCAGCGCACAUGGAUUGGUCAACACAUUUCCCCGCCUACAUAGACCCAAAUCCAGAGAACGUGAACCUUAGUGGUGGACGACUUUUAACAAAGGAUGUCGAAAUAGCAGAUAUUGGAUGUGGUUUUGGAGGGCUGUUGGUCGCUCUGGCACCAUUGCUGCCGGAUACUCUGAUGGUUGGCAUGGAGCUCCGCGCCCAGGUCCUUGAAUAUGUAACAGAUCGCAUCCGCGCUCUGCGUGCACAGCGUCCUGCAUCACCCCUACCAACACCUGACACCUCAUCCACGCCUCCAGCAAAAGCCCUCGUUGAGUCCUCACAGGUGGCAGCUACCCCAUCUUCCCCUUCGCAAUCACAAGAACAAUCACAUUCUCCAGCUCCACCAGCACUAUCCUGUGCGAGUGCCACAUACCAAAAUAUCUCCGCCAUCCGUUCUAAUACUAUGAAAUUCCUCCCAAACUUCUUCGCGCAUCACCAACUAUCCUCCAUCUUUAUCUGCUUCCCAGAUCCGCACUUCAAAACCCGCAAGCACAAGGCGCGAAUCGUAUCCGCUUCGUUGAAUGCUGAGUAUGCAUAUGUUCUCCGGCCUGGUGGAAAGUUAUAUACCAUCACUGAUGUGGAGGAGUUGCAUCGGUGGAUAGUCAGCCAUUUUGAGGGUGUAGACGGAGGGGGAGAUAGAGAAGAAGAGGCACACGAGGAGGCUGGGGGUGGAGGGGCAAAUAACGUAAAAGAACUGUUUGAGAGAGUAGGGGAUGAGGAGUUGGAGCAGGAUCCGUGUGUUAAGGUUAUGAUGGAGGAGACGGAGGAGGGGAAGAAAGUCACAAGAAAUAAGGGACAUAAAUAUGAUUUUGUGGUUAAAGAAAUUCUUGGGAUAAGCUUCUAG